GCCGGAAUUUGCCACGUCUUCUCUCGAAUCUGAUUGGUCAUAAGCUACCUGUCAUAAUCAUAAGUAUUUUCAGAAAUCAUAACAAAUUUCAUAAUCAUUAUCAUAAUCAUAAAUAUUGCAAAUAAAGAGACUAUUCUCACUAUUCAGUAUUCAGUAAGAUGCCUCAUGUCUGUGCUUGGUAAAAUAUCUGGUAAUCUAGCUUUUACCUAUUUCAAAUCAGUUAUAAACCGAAGCUUAAACGUGCAGCUUGCUCUAUUUUCUUCAACAAACAUGAGUGAAAUUGAAAAAAAAUUUCAAUUGCCAAAGGCAUAUAGAGGAAGCAAACCUAGUGUCUGGGUUGAAUAUAUUCAGUUAGCUGCAGACUAUAAACCUCUGAAUCUAGGUCAAGGAUUUCCAGAUUAUCCACCUCCCCAGUAUGUCACUGAUGCAUUAGUUGAAGUUGCUUCAAACAGGAAUGGGCAUCAGUACACUAGGGGAUUUGGUCAUCCAAGAUUAGUACAAGCACUCUCUAAACUAUACUCCAAAAUCAUUGGAAGAGAGAUAAAUCCAUUAACAGAAAUACUUACCACACUUGGAGCCUAUGAAGCACUAUAUGCCGCCAUUACAGGUCACGUUGAUGUUGGAGAUGAAGUGAUCAUUAUUGAACCGUUCUUUGAUUGUUACGAGCCAAUGGUGAGAUACGCUGGCGGGAUUCCAAAAUUUAUUGCUUUAAAACCGAAAAGUACUGAAGGAGACGUUUUAUCCUCAAAGGAUUUCGUUUUGGAUAGAUCAGAGUUAGAAGGCUUAUUUAAUUCAAAAACUAAACUGAUAAUUGUAAAUAAUCCAAACAAUCCAUUAGGAAAAGUAUUUAGCCUGGAGGAGCUUACUUUUAUUGCUGAUUUAUGUAAGAAGCAUAAUGUAUUAUGCAUUUCUGAUGAAGUGUACGAAUGGUUGGUGUACAAACCACACAAACACAUAAGAAUAGCUACAUUGCCCGAUAUGUGGGAAAGAACAAUUACUAUUGGUUCUGCUGGCAAAACUUUUAGCGUUACCGGCUGGAAAUUGGGAUGGGCUUAUUGUCCUGCUAAUUUAAUGUUCAAUUUGCAAAUGAUCCACCAAAAUUCUGUUUACACAGGUUGCACGCCUAUUCAGGAAGCCGCUGCGAUUGCUUUUGAAAAGGAACUGACUCGAUUGGGAUCUGAAGAUUGUUAUUUUAACGCGAUAUCCAAAGAACUGGAACCAAAAAGGGAUUUUAUGGCUAAAUUCUUACAGGAGACUGGCUUUAAACCCAUAGUGCCUGAGGGUGGCUAUUUUAUGAUGGCGGAUUGGACGCCUUUAGAAUCUCAGGUAAACCUGGAAUCAGAACAAGAUAAAUACAAAGACUAUAAAUUCACAAAAUGGAUGGCUAAGAAGGUAGGGUUACAAGGUAUCCCUCCAUCAGCAUUUUACGGCGAUGAUCACAAACACUUGGGUGAAAACUUUGUGAGAUAUUGUUUUAUAAAGCGCGAUGAAUGCUUAGAAGAUGCUGCCAAGAUACUUCAUAACUGGAAAGCAGGAAAAACUGCACAAACUAGUAAAUGAACAAAAUUCACUUUUUGCUCACCUUAUUAGUUUAAGAAUUUUUGUUGUUAUUGUGUAAGUAGAAAUAUAUAUAUUUUAUUAGUAAAUCAAAA